AUCCCACCUUUGCUUCACAAUCCUUGCCGCUCUGCUCUGGGCUCAAUUGCUUUGCCUGUUUUCACGUACAGCUUCACUUGCUGACAAUCCUCCAAUUGCCCGCCAUGAAGUCCGUCGCUGCUCUCUCUGCUCUCUCCAUGCUUGUUGGGGCCGAGGCUGCUGAGACUGUCCUUGGUGCUUAUAUCUACCACCGCCAUGGUGACCGCACGCCAAAGGCUCUUGCACCCACCAACCUGACCACGCUUGGGUACGAGCAGGUUUACACUUCUGGACAAUACUACCGCUCACGUUACCUGUCCGGUGAUUCCAAGAUUCGCGGCAUCAACGAGGAUGAAGUCAACUUGUCUCAGCUGCAGGUUGAAGCACCUGUCGACAAUGUUCUCCAAAACUCUGCUAUGGGUUUCCUGCAGGGCCUGUACCCACCUGUCCAGACUGUUUCGACUCUUGCCAACGGCCAGAAUGUCCAGGCUCCCAUGGAUGGAUACCAGCUGAUUCCCGUCAACACCAUUGAUACCGGUGCUGGCUCAGAGGACUCUGGCUGGCUCCAGGAUGCCUCCAGCUGCCAAAACGCAAAAGCCAGCUCAAACUCAUACUUUGAAAGUCAAGAAUACAAGGAACUUGCCUCAAGCACCUCCAGCUUUUACAAAUCCCUCGUUCCUUCUAUCAACGACGUCAUCAGCGACGAUCAAGUGAAUUACAAGAACGCCUAUAUCGUCUACGACAUCAUCCACGUAGCUGAAAUCCACAACACCUCCAUCCCAAACUCCGACGUCCUUACCAAUUCCACCCUCCACCAACUCACCGCCCUCGCCAACGCCCACGAAUGGGGUCUCGCCUACAAUGCCAGCGACAACAUGCGUGCCGUUGCAGGCAUGCAGCUCGCAGGUGAAAUCCUCUCCUACAUGACCAACGUAAUCAACACCACGGGCUCCAGCAAACUCGGCAUCCAAUUCGGCGCCUACGCCACGUUCCUGUCCUUCUUCGGUCUUGCAGACCUACCCAGCGUAAACGACGACUUCACCGGCAUAGUCGACUACGCCAGCUCCAUGGCAUUCGAGCUCUUCACUACCGCCGACGUCGGUGCCGGAUUCCCUGCUGAGAAUGACCUCCAGGUACGCUUCUUGUUCCACAACGGCACCGCCAGCAAUACGAGUGAACCAUCCGUCUACCCGCUUUUCGGCAGCAAGGCAGAUGCGCUUUCGUGGACUGAGUUCAAGGAUGAGCUGAGCAAGUUCGCUAUCACCUCUACUGAACAGUGGUGCGGCAAGUGCGGUAACACGGCGGGAUCGUGCGCUGCGUUUGCGGCGAACAGUGAGGGUCAGGCUAAGAAGCAGGGUGGUGAUCAUACUGCGCUUUCUCCAGAGAUUGGGGGUGUGAUUGGCGCGUUUGUUACGCUCGCUGUUGUGCUGGGUUCGUUGGCGGCGCUGAUGCUGUUUGGUGGGUUCAGGAUUGUUAGUAAGAAGGCGCUGGAGAAGGGGGUUACGGGGGCUAAUGUCGAGCCCAAGGCUUAAGAUUUCUGUGGCAGCGAAGCAGGGACCUGAGGGUGUAGGAGCAUUUUGAUGCAUAUUUGGAGGAUAUAGUUUACGUCUUCACGAUGUUUGAUGAAUGAACGAAUGAAUCAAAUAAUACUACGACAUAGUCGGAAGUGCAAAUGACUUUUUACAGCAACAUAACUUGACGAAACAAAAGAAGCGUUUUUUCAUAAAUCCCCAUCUACGUGGUUUAAAUUCCAUACACCGACAUGUGGGUAUACAUGUAUAACAUCAAGUGGGGGGGGGGGGGGGGAAACCAGUUCCCAUACCCCCUAUUCAAUAACCGUUCCAAAGAACAAGACGCCCCAUUCCAUGCAAGCAACCAAAAAGGGAGGAAAAAAAAGCGACGACAACAGCUCAAGCCUUGA